AUGCUGCGUUUUGGAACAUUCCUCGCUCUCACUGUGGCGCUGACUGCAGCUGCUCCCAAUCCAUUCUCUAAUGUCUUGCAGCUGGACCUGUCUCCAGAAGAAGCACAGAAAUAUCUCCAGAGUCCUCCAUUCAGCGAACCAGCUCUUUCUGGACGAACUGCUGUUUUGCCUCUGAUUAAAUUCAACGACCCGAGGUUUCGUUCGGCGGAGGCCGGGCCCACGUACGGACAUUACUGGAAGAAUGGACACGAGAUUGAAAACCCAGAGGACUACGUUGAAGAGGUAUACGACGCAAAACAAUUCCACGGUCAAGAUGGCUUAGGUGCUUAUGGUUACGGCUAUGAGACUCCUGAAUCAGCGAAGGUUGAGAACAGAGUUCGUUCAGGAAAUGUUCAAGGUUCAUACACCUACAGGGACGGAAACAAUGAACUCAUUAAGGUCCGUUACUGGUCGGACGGUACAGGUUUCCACCAAGAAGACAAUAUCCCCAAGGUUGUGUUGAAGCCGGUCGAAGAAGCGGAAGACGUGAGACAGGCUCGUCUCGCUCAUGAGAAGGCUUGGCAAGAGGCCGCUGCUGCUGCUCGCAAACAACCCGACCCUCAAGGCGAGUACUACAGGCAGUAUGACUACCAGCCAAAUGUACCCGAGCCACAACUUGACUACCAACCAUCAGCGUCAGAGCCUCGCCAGUACUACGAACAGAAUGUAGCUCCAUCUACCACCUCUACUACUCCUGAACCAACGGGUCCUCCACGAGGUUUCUUCUAUAGCUUCAACUACCCAGUAUCCAUCCUUGUACCUAAGAACGAGGAACAGCUCGGAAGCAGUUACGCCAAACAGUCAGUUACAUCGUCACGUCAAAACUAA